UUGGCUGAGGAGGAAUCUUGUGUGCAUGUCACAGAGCUGGAAGAAAGAACUUUUUUUUUCCUACAAAAUUGAAAGUCUGUAGGGAUAGCUAGAUAAUGUUCUGGUCAUUUGAAGAUGGGAGGCCUGUGACUGAGAGGGAAAUCCACCAUCUGUUCUUCCACACUGUGUAAAUCAAAGGAAAAAGCAGCUGAAGAAAAAGACGAAGCAGAAAUGACAAGUAAUCAAUUUGAGUGUCAGUUCUGCACAGCAUCCCUUCUUGGGAAGAAGUAUGUACUCAAGGAUGAUAAUCUAUACUGUGUCUCCUGCUAUGAUCGCAUCUUUUCUAACCAUUGUGAGCAGUGCAAAGGACCAAUUGAAUCAGAUUCAAAGGAUCUUUGUUACAAAAACCGUCACUGGCACGAAGGCUGCUUCAAGUGCACCAAAUGCCAUCACUCUCUGGUAGAAAAGCCUUUUGUCGCCAAGGACGAGCACCUGCUGUGCACAGACUGCUACUCUAAGGAGUGUUCCUCCAAGUGCUUCCACUGCAAGAGAACCAUCAUGCCAGGUUCUCGAAAAAUGGAAUUUAGGGGCAACUACUGGCAUGAAACCUGCUUUGUGUGUGAGCACUGCCGACAGCCAAUAGGAACCAAGCCUCUGAUCUCGAAAGAUAGUGGCAAUUAUUGUGUGCCAUGCUUUGAGAAGGAGUUUGCUCACUACUGCAACUUCUGCAAGAAGGUGAUAACUUCCGGUGGAAUAACCUUCCGUGACCAGAUAUGGCAUAAAGAGUGUUUUCUGUGCAGCGGCUGCAGGAAAGAGCUUUGUGAGGAGGCAUUUAUGUCCAGGGAUGACUUCCCAUUCUGCCUAGAUUGCUACAACCAUCUUUAUGCUAAAAAGUGUGCAGCCUGCUCCAAACCCAUCACCGGUCUCAGAGGUGCCAAGUUCAUCUGCUUCCAAGACCGCCAGUGGCACAGCGAGUGCUUCAACUGCGGAAAGUGCUCCGUCUCCUUGGUGGGCGAAGGGUUCUUGACCCAGAACAUGGAGAUCUUCUGCCGCAAGUGCGGCUCAGGGGCAGACACCGACUUGUAGAAAGAAACUCUUUCCCCACCCGAAACCCACUUUGCCUUUGCUCUCACUAAAUCCGAAACUCGGCGGCACUCCUUUUUUAUUUGUAUCUUAGAAGGCAGUAUAGUGUGGGGUACCCAAAAGAAAAGGUUUAGCACACUUUGUAGUUGAACUCUACAAUAAGGAACACACAAACUCCACAGAAUUCUGAAAGAAUGGAGUUCUCACGAAAUCCUUGUUCCCAAGUACUGGGUAAAAAUAAAAAAAAUGAUAAUAAACUAUAGGACCUUUGUACUUAAGAACAAUGGGCAUCAUGGAUUUCAACAGCUAAGCAUGGAUUUCAACACACUUUAGAUUAAUUGUAUUUUCAAAGCCCACAAUGCCUUUUUUAAAUGCUUACAGGUUCUAUUUGUUCUUUAAGUGACUCUAACCAGAAUAGUUGUUGUCCCCAAAGGCAAAACUUUAAAUAGGUCAUUACAUUUUCACUCAUGAAAACGAACGUUAGGGACUCAGUUCAGUGUUAGAACAUGACUGUCAUCCAGAUAUCUAAGGCAUAAUAGGACUCAUAGUUAUUUUUAAACCACUCAUUUUGCCUUGGAAAUUACAUAGAUGAUUAAUGGUCAAACGUAAACGUGAGCUUUAAAGAAACCUAGCAAAAGUAAACACUUAUACUACUACUACUAAUAAUAAUUCACGGGUGGAAAUUCAGGACCAAAGCAAGCACAAUACAGCAAAGGGGGCUAUAGAGGAGCACCUCCCCCCGCCCCAGUUCUUCUAUGCCUCCUCCGCGCAGCUCUCCCAAAGCCAGCCAACCCGAGGGCCCUAAUCUGCUGCAUGACCAGGACUUGAAAGCUCAAAGCAGCCAGUCCACAAAUCACCAUU